AUGAAACAAGCUCGACAGCAGACUGCUGUAGCACAUAGGCUGGACUCGUUUUCUAUUGAAUAUUCUGGUAUUUUUUUCAUAAAGGAAACUACUCACAAAGUUGCUGAAAACUCUUCGAUAACCCACCACCGGUUUCGCCCUUCUUGGGGCCCAUCAGGUAGGCACAGUCCCCGAGUUUCCGUCAACCUUAUGUUCUACUUGAACCCAAAUUGGAAUGUUUUCGAGAAAUACGCCUAUUUGCAAAUCAAUUUGGUUUUCACGAGAGACUCAACCGAAUCUCUCAACAACGCCAUACGUAUAGGCGACCCACAAUUCUAUGUGAAAGAUGAGGUGAAUGCACGAAUCUGCAAGGCUCGGACCGCGUUUGCUAACUUGAGACACCUGUGGCGUCAGAAUGGUUUAUCCCUGAAUUUCAAGGGACUGCUGGCUGUUUUGUUGUAUGGUUGUGAGACUUGGCCUAUUCGAGCAGCGGAACCGAGACGUAUUCAGGCAUCCGACCAUCGUUACCUCAGAACCAUAAUUCGUAUCCGUGGUUUGAACCCGACUUCCGCCUCGCGACUUCCCCUGUCUAUGCUUGGGCAACCUGGCAGUAACCCAGCUCUCGUGCUUCCUUCGGGUGGCAUGGCAGCUAGGCAUUGA